CGGCUCAGCCGCACCUUUAAGACCUCCACAGAAUUUGGACAGAUACUUCCCACUUUCAUAUCCAACAAACACUAAAGAAAACCCCCUAAAAACAAAAGGAAAUGGAUCCUCUGAGCGCGUUUUCUCUCGCCGCCGGGGUCGUUCAAUUCACCGACUUCACAACUAGGCUUUUAGCUGAUACCAUCGAGGUCUACAAAUCUGCGACAGGUCAAUCAUCGACGACUGUGGAGCUCUCACGAAUCGCACAAGACUUACGGCAUCACAUCAACCAUAUUACGAACAAGGCAAACAGCCUGAGUUCUACUAUCGAGGAUGAUACGAAGGUUCGUGUCACGCAGAUCUGCACAGAGUGUAGUAAUAUCUGCACCGAGCUCGAAAAAGCUCUCGAGAAACUACGAGCCACUGGCCAGACUAGGCUAGAUAUUGCACAGUCUAGUCUCAAGGUUGUGUUAAGAGAGUUGUGGAAGAAGGGUAAAGUUGAUAACUUGGUUCGCCGGCUGUCAUAUAUUCGGAGUAAUAUGAUGGAGAUUAUCGUGAUCGGUGUGUGGAAGGAUGGGCAACGGGCCUCAGCUGAUAUUCACCAUCUCAUCGGGCAGCAAAAUGAGAUAUUCACGAUGCUCAGUCACAUUAACAAGGCAACAAUAGACUUCAGACAAGAGCCCAUUGAUAUAACCAAAGACGAUAAUAUGGCAAUGUCAAAAAUUAGCCAUCAACAGAUCAUUGCCUGGACUAAGAUUUGGUCACCACGUUCGAGCUACCAAGCGGAUGCUUCCCUAGACAAGGGCGAUUCAGACAUAUGUGAGAGCAUACUCAAUAACCUCCUAUUUAAGAAUUUAACCGACCGAGAAGAAGCGAUCCCAAAGGCAUAUGAGCAGACAUUUCGAUGGGUAUUUGAGGAUCCUAGAGUGGACACCCAGGGCAAAGCCAUGUGGUCUAAUUUUCCAACUUGGCUUCAGGACGACUCUGAUUCCAUGUACUGGGUCGUUGGCAAGCCUGGUUCGGGGAAGUCAACACUUUUGAAAUACAUCCUCAACAACCCGUUGUUAAAAACGCACCUUAAUACUUGGGCCGGUAAACGGAAGCUUCUGCUAGGAGGUUUUUAUUUUUGGAAUGCUGGAACGACGGAGCAGAAACCACACAUAGGGCUCCUUAAAACGCUCUUGUGUGAAUGCUUGUCAAAAGCUCCUGAACUUGUUCGCCGUGUUACGCCCAAGAGGUGGGCUUUCCAAAAAAUAUUCCACAGCCCUCAGGAAUUAUCCCACCCCCCUUGGUCCCUAGCCGAACUACAGGAAGCAUUCACUAUUCUCGCGUCAGAGGCAGGGGAAUACUACGUGGUAGCCUUGUUUAUUGAUGGAUUGGACGAGUUUUCCGGAGACCACCAACAGCUUCUUGCCUUUCUUGAUGCCAUUCAUCGACAUGGAAGAGGAAGAGUGAAGAUCUGCGCCAGUAGCCGCCCUUGGAAUGUCUUUUUAGACUACUUUAGUGAUGCUCCUCAACUUGGGCUUCAAGAUUUGACUAAAAUGGAUAUCGAAUACUACAUAAGAAGCAACUUUGAAUCUCACAUUGGCUUCAAAGAACUCAGAGUAGCACAUGAGACCGAAUCGGAACGCAUAAUUUACUCUAUCGCUGACAGGGCUCACGGUGUCUUCUUGCGGGUAUCUAUAGUAGUCCGAUCGCUGCUUGAAACACUCACAGAUUGCAGCUCUAUACAUGAGCUUCAGAUAAUCAUCGAUCAACUACCAGAAAGCCUGUCUGAUUAUAUCUGAAAAUAUUCCUGAGCAUCCUACACAAGCAUAUACAAGACUGCUCUCGUUUCUUGCAACUCAAAGAACACUCGAUUGGUACAUUUACUGUUAAUGAGCUCUGGUUAGCUGAUAAUCAAGACGCAUUCUCUAAGCAUAUGAAUUCGUUAACGACUCGGCAAAAAGAGCAUAUAAAUGUUUCAAUGCGCCGAAAAGUAAGCAGUCGAACGAAAGGCCUACUUGAGGUCUCAAGCGUCGGUGUAAUUGAUUAUUUACAUCGCACAACGCAUGACUGGGUAGUUGAAAGCUUGAGUGAUAUUACUGCUAGUGGACCUGGGGAUUUCGAUGUCUAUGCAACCCUACUCAAGAUUGAAGUUAUAAUGUUACAUAAUAAAUUCCCCAUAACACGGCAUGAUAAUAUGUGCCAUGUUCUCGCAUGGUACGCCUCUCGGAUCAGUAAGUACGGCCAGAAUCGGGAGCUUGUGCACAACAUAGUUGAGGAGCUAGUUGGCAACGAUAGGGCAUUUCACCUAAGGCUGAUCAAGAGCUCAAAAUGGUCACCUUUUCUUAUCAAAGAAGCUUUAAAUAUGGUGACCUCAUGGACCGAUAUUGAUUUAAUUUUAGCAGCUCAGUUCUGCAUUGCCGACUAUGUACGAGAAGAGGUUGCGCUCAACCCUUCAAUAUUGAACCAAGGGAGUAACGAGCCAUCGAUCCUGGAGAGUGC